CAUGGAGUGACUUAUUAUAUAAGUGAAGUGUUGUGUGUUUUUAGGCUCAAGGGUACUGCAUGGAUGGCAACAAAUCACAAGGGAACAACAAAUCACUAAGGAGCAUAUCCUGAAUGCUUACCCUGCAUAACUCCAUGAGAGAGGAUGACACACCAGCAGACACACACACACACACACACACACAGACCGUGGGAGUGCAGCAGUAUUACCAUGUACUUAUACUACAUGGAAAGCUAAUCCCUCCUAUUCCAGAUUAUGGGCUAACUGGAUUAUACCUGCCUACGGAUAUAUGAUAUUGUACCAGCUAGCUACCUCAGCACAGAGACACAUUGCAAACCCAAUCCCUACACCUGUCAGUUAUCACUCUCCUCUCCACCUACUCUCCUCUCCCUUGCUCUCACCUUGUUUCACUAACACAUUGAUUAACCUUAAUAUUAACCGUGACCUUACCAGUUUCAUGCCGUCCCUAGGAGAGGUGCGUCACUUGAGUGGCUGGAGUCACUGACGUGAUCUUCCUGUCUGGGUUGGAGCCCCCCCUUGGGUUGUGCCGUGGUGGAGAUCUUUGUGGGCUAUACUCGGCCUUGUCUCAGGAUGGACCUGAGCCCUAGGACCAUGCCUCAGGACUACCUGGCAUGAUGACUCCUUGCUGUCCCCAGUCCAUCUGGCCGUGCUGCUGCUCCAGUUUCAACUGUUCUGCCUGCGGCUAUGGAACCCUGACCUGUUCACCGGACGUGCUACAUGUCCCAGACCUGCUGUUUUCAACUCUCUAGAGACAGCAGGAGCGGUAGAGAUACUCUCAAUGAUCGGCUAUGAAAAGCCAACUGACAUUUACUCCUGAGGUGCUGACUUGCUGCACCCUCGACAACUACUGUGAUUAUUAUUAUUUGACCAUGCUGGUCAUUUAUGAACAUUUUAACAUCUUGGCCAUGUUCUGUUAUAAUCUCCACCCGGCACAGCCAGAAGAGGACUGGCCACCCCUCAUAGCCUGGUUCCUCUCAAGUUUUCUUCCUAGGUUUUGGCCUUUCUAGGGAGUUUUUCCUAGCCACCGUGCUUCUACAUCUGCAUUGCUUGCUGUUUGGGGUUUUAGGCUGGGUUUCUGUACAGCACUUUGAGAUAUCAGCUGAUGUACGAAGGGCUAUAUAAAUACAUUUGAUUUGAUUUGUGAUUGUGGUUCAAUCAUCCCUGUGAUCGCUAUGACCUUUGACCUGGUUUAACCUAUUAAAAUGUCCAUUCAGAUUGGAAUGCCAUUACUCAGAUUCUACAUCGAUCUCUGUGAUGUUAAUCAUCAUCAAAAGAGGGAACCAACAAGGUGGUUAUUAUUGACUGGUCAACGUGAAUUGGUUACAUUGUCUUUUAUUGGUGUCAUAAACGCCUUGAUGAUGCUUCAGUUAGAGCAGGUCUAGCCUGAGGACCAUAAGUAACCAAUCAUCAACGCAUACACACACACACAAAGAGGAUCAUUAUAGUGAAAAAUCAGCAACACUGUCAUUGAGUCUCCUUCAUAAUAAAGCAUCAGCUUGAGGUCACUGUUAAAGACUCAGAAGAUAAUAAAAUACCCAAAUCCCUCUGACAGAAAAGCUAUUUUCAGUCUUUUGUUCCUUCCAGCUAAAAGGCCUGUGUCUGCUUGUUACUGGUCUUUAUGUUUCCUCAUUUGGCCAGCUAAUUGCUCACAAUGCACAGAUCCUCAGGAGCAAAAUGCAGGCUGGGAAGAGGGAGAAAAGGGGAUAGGAGUGGGGAGAGAGAGAGAGCGAGACAAGGGAGAAAGAAAGAGAUCUGAUGCCCUCUGACCUUUCAAUGAGCGGUAAACCAAUUGUGUCCCCAUUGUCUUGGGCCCCAUUGCCUACCAACCCAUCCCUGGAGAAUGUGUGUGUGUGUGCACGCGUUCCGUGAUUGGAAUAAAUACUGAAUUGCUAACAGUCAUGCAUCAAUGGUUUGUAAUUUGGUUCAUAACUUCCACUUGUAUGACAUCCACCAAUUUAAUUAUUGUAAACAGAUCAUGUGGAAAUCAAAUGACAACUUUAUUAGUUACAUAUUGCUGACAGUAUCAGCCAGACACCAUAUGUGAAUUGAUUGCCCCCCAUCUAUCUUCAGAGCUCGUGCUGCUAGGUGACCUAAACUGGGACAUGCUUAACACCCCAGCCAUCCUACAAUCUACGCUUGAUGCCCUCAAUCUCACACAAAUUAUCAAUGAACCUACCAGGUACCACCCCAAAGCCAUAAACACGGGCACCCUCAUAGAUAUCAUCCUAACCAACCUGCCCUCUAAAUACACCGCUGCUGUUUUCAACCAAGAUCACUGCCUCAUUGCCUGCAUCCGUAAUGGGUCAGCGGUCAAACGACCUCCACUCAUCACUGUCAAAACGCUCCCUGAAACACUUCAGCGAGCAGGCCUUUCUAAUCGACCUGGCCCGGGUAUCCUGGAAGGAUAUUAACCUCAUCCCAUCAGAGGACGCCUGGUUAUUUUUAAAAAAUGCCUUCCUCACCAUCUUAAAUAAGCAUGCCCCAUUCAAGAAAUUUAGAACCAGGAACAGAUAUAGCCCUUGGUUCUCUCCAGACCUGACUGCCCUUAACCAACACAAAAACAUCCUAUGGUGUGCUGCAUUAGCAUCGAACAGCCCCCGUGAUAUGCAACUUUUCAAGGAAGUUAGAAACCAAUAUACACAGGCAGUUAGAAAAGCCAAGGAUAGCUUUUUCAAGCAGAAAUUUGCAUCCUGCAACACAAACUCAAAAAAGUUCUGGGACAGUGUAAAGUCCAUGGAGAAUAAGAACACCUCCUCCCAGUUGCCCACUGCACUGAGGAUAGGAAACUCUGUCACCACCGAUAAAUCCACUAUAAUUGAGAAUUUCAAUAAGCAUUUUUCUACGGCUGGCCAUGCUUUCCACCUGGCUACCCCUACCCCGGUCAACAGCACUGCACCCCCCACAGCAACUCGCCCAAGCCUUCCCCAUUUAUCCUUCACCCAAAUCCAGUCAGCUGAUGUUCUGAAAGAGCUGCAAAAUCUGGACCCCUACAAAUCAACCGGGCUAGAUAAUCUGGACCCUCUCUUUCUAAAAUUAUCUGCCGAAUGCAAACACUUGUUGCAACCCCUAUUACUAGCCUGUUCAACAUCUUUCGUAUCAUCUGAGAUCCCCAAAGAUUGUAAAGCUGCCGAGGUCAUCCCCCUCUUCAAGGGGAGACACUCUAGACCCAAACUGCUACAGACCUAUAUCUAUCCUACCCUGCCUUUCUAAGGUCUUCAAAAGCCAAGUUAACAAACAGAUUACCGACCAUUUCGAAUCCCACCGUACCUUCUCUGCUAUGCAAUCUGGUAUCAGAGCUGGUCAUGGGUGCACCUCAGCCACGCUCAAGGUCCUAAACGAUAUUUUAACCGCCAUCGAUAAACAAUACUGUGCAGCCGUAUUCAUUGACCUGGCCAAGGCCUUCGACUCUGUCAAUCACCACAUCCUCAUCGGCAGACUCGAUAGCCUUGGUUUCUUAAAUGAUUGCCUCGCCUGGUUCACCAACUACUUCUAUGAUAGAGUUCAAUGUGUCACAUAGGAGGGCCUGUUGUCCGGGCCUCUGGCAGUCUCUAUGGGAGUGCCACAGGGUUCAAUUCUCAGGCCGACUCUCUUCUCUGUAUACAUCAAUGAUGUCGCUCUUGCUGCUGGUGAUUCUCUGAUCCAGCUUUAUGCAGACAACACCAUUCUGUAUACUUCUGGCCCUUCUUUGGACACGGUGUUAACUAACCUCCAGAUGAGCUUCAAUGCCAUACAACUCUCCUUCCGUGGCCUCCAACUGCUCUUAAAUACAAGUAACACUAAAUGAUUGCUCUUCAACCAAUCGCUGCCGACACCUGCCCGCCCGUCCAGCAUCACUACUCCAGACGGUUCUGACUUAGAAUAUGUGGACAACUACAAAUACCUAGGUGUCUGGUUAGACUGUAAACUCUCCUUCCAGACUCAUAUCAAACAUCUCCAAUCCAAAGUUAAAUCUAGAAUUGGCUUCCUAUUUCGCAACAACGCAUCCUUCACUCAUGCUGCCAAACAUACCCUCGUAAAACUGACCAUCCUACCGAUCCUCGACUUCGGCAAUGUCAUUUACAAAAUAGCCUCCAAUACCCUACUCAAUAAAUUGGAUGCAGUCUAUCACAGUGCCAUCCGUUUUGUCACCAAAGCCCCAUAUACUAUCCACCACUGUGACCUGUAUGCUCUCGUUGGCUGGCCCUUACUUCAUACUCGUCGCCAAACCCACUGGCUCCAGGUCAUCUUCAGGUUACCUGCUAGGUAAAGUCCCCCCCUAUCUCAGCUCGCUGGUCACCAUAGCAGCACCCACCUGUAGCACAUGCUCAAGCAGGUAUAUUUCACCGGUCACCCCCAAAGCCAAUUCCUCCUUUGGCCGCCUCUCCUUCCAGUUCUCUGCUGCCAAUGACUGGAACGAACUUCAAAAAUCUCUGAAACUGGAAACACUUAUCUCCCUCACUAGCUUUAAGCACCAGCUGUCAGAGCAGCUCACAGCACCUGUACAUAGCCCAUCUAUAAUUUAGCCCAAACAACUACCUCUUCCCCUACUGUAUUUAUUUAUUUACCUCCUUUGCACCCCAUUAUUUUUGUUUCUACUUUGCACAUUCUUCCACUGCAAAUCUACCAUUCCAGUGUUUUACUUGCUAUAUUGUAUUUACUUCGCCACCAUGGCCUUUUUUUGCCUUUUACCUCCCUUAUCUCACCUAAUUUGCUCACAUUGUAUAUAGACUUAUUUUUCUACUGUAUUAUUGACUGUAUGUUUGUUUUACUCCAUGUGUAACUCUGUGUUGUUGUGUGUGUCGAACUGCUUUGCUUUAUCUUGGCCAGGUCGCAAUUGUAAAUGAGAACUUGUU